AUGGAGAACCUGCGUUGUAUACAAGAAAAAGAUAGAAGUCAAAGCAAGGAAGAAAUUAUAGAGCAAGAUAAAAGCGACGAAGGAAUUGACAUUUGUAAAUCGGAAUCGUGCACAGGAUUGGCAAAGCAAAGUGAGGAGUCAUUCGUUAGGAAAUCUCAUCGUAAAAAACAUCGGAUGAAAUCCACUUCUCACAUGUAUUGCCUAAAUACCAAACUUUUCCAAAGUUAUCACGUGAAUUGGAAGACAUAUGAUCGUUUAAAAAAAUAUAUUAAAGAUAAACCGGAGAUUUUCAAUUUGCCACCAAAAUGUGAAGCUCCGUCGAGCAGCACCAUGGCACAAAAGAAAAGCGAAAAAAUAAUUUCUUUCAAAGAUGAUUAUUAUACGUCACUAUGUAAGAAGAGAACUGAAUUUCGGAUGCAUCUGAUCAGGAAGAUCAAAGGACCGAUGAAAUGCAACAAAGACAAGAUAGAAAUUUGUAGUGCAAAGGAGUGUAUGAUUUUAGACGAUGAUAACAUUUGCGGACAAACAACAGCACCUUUGAGCGACGAUAUUGAUAACAUUUGGCUCACGGAGGAUGACAAGAAUCUCUUGAGGUAUUAUUACUAUAUUCUUCAUGAGGUUGACGACAUUCACGCAGGUACCUUAGAUUCUGACACGUUAAAGAAGAUAACGAGCAUGGUGUCCGCUGAAUGGCAGAAGAAAUACAAGAAAUGUUUCAAUCAAUUGAUUAGAGAAUUAAAAAGUGACUAUGUUGCGAACAUGAAAAAGUCUAUCGUUGACUUUGUGCUGCAGGAACCCUUCGAGGAGGUGCUCUUUGCUCCGGCUUCGAAGAAGGGAACUCUACCAUCUGUGAACACUCCGCAAUAUAAUAGAUUCUUCAAUUGCCUUGCCUACGUCAUGGAAGAUCAACUGCGAAACUUGUGCUUACGUUCGAUGGAAGACUAUAUUAAUUACCUCAAGGACGUUGGUUACACAAAUUGUGGCUUUAAUAUAAACGUUGUGGUACGAAACACAUCUAUCGUUUUUGAUCCUACAUUCAAAGCAUUUGCAAACGGCCUUUCAAUGUUGCUGAAUUCUCUUUAUGAUGCUGUAACAACAUUACCACGAGCGGAAAUAAAACUCAAGUGGAUUUAUCCGGAUAGUAGUUCCGUUGAAUUGCUCAAGCCAGUGAUUUCUCCAGACCUUCUUGAGCAACAUGCGAAUGUCAUAUCAAAUUUAAUUGAACAAUAUAAAACUGAUCCGGAAAUGCAGUUGCAUGAGUUCGAUAAAUAUAUGAACUUAAUAAAUAAUAAGGACAUCAAUUAUAUUCGGAACUUUCUAAAGACCCAACCACCUAAUCCGUACGAGAAAUAUUGCGAACUCGUUGAUUAUUAUGAUCAAUUAAGCAAGAAUAUUCCACUAGAGUUUUAUUGGACAUCUUUUACUGAUCUCUUUGAAGUUCGCAGACGUUAUAUUAUAGAACAUCUCGCAUCUACAGCUGCUCAACUGAAAGGUGAAUUAAUUUCAAAAAUGGUCGCUGAUUAUCAACAAAAAGUUCGAACUAUAGGAGAUAUUUAUCAAAACAUCGCAGACCGAGCGUUACGUAUACCGCCAAAUACGUCAGAACUUGUGAAAUUGCAGGCUUUUAUACAAACAUCUGAAACGGAGACUGUUUUUGAACUAGAAACUCAAUUGCAAGAAGUAAUGAAAUAUAUAAUAUUUUUAUCAGAUUAUCAUCCUUUAACAGCUGUUGAGUUGAAGAAAAAUAAUUUUGCUUUUUAUUGGUAUCUCACAAUGCCUGAAAUUUUCGAAAAGCAUCGAGAAAUAAUUGAAAGUAAAACGGACGAGUAUCAAGCAUCACUUAAAGCUAGAAUCGAGAAAUUUGAACAGGAUCUUGAGAUUUAUGUGAAAUAUUGCAACGAGUUGCAAUAUUGGGGCAAUAUUGAGGAGAUACAUCGAUAUAAAAAGAAAGCUACGAGACUCCACGAAAAAUUGAUUACUGCUAUGGAAACAAUUUUAGAAUUCAACGAUGAAGAAAGGUUAUUCGGAUGGGAAAUGACAAAAUAUCCCUUAAGAAAACAGGUAGCCGAUAAGUUGGCACCCUACAAAAAAUUCUAUGAUAUUGCCUGUGAAUUUUUAACUAAUUAUGAAAAUUGGACCGAAAGUAUGAUAGGCUCAUAUGAUCCCGAAGAUAUUGAAACUGAAACGAUCAAUGCAUAUCGUUUGAUAUACAAGUCGGAAAAAACUUUUCAAGAACCUAUAGUGAAAAAGUUAGCAGAAACCGUAAGAACAAAAAUCGAAGAUUUUAAAGAGCAUAUGCCGGUAAUCUUGACUCUCGGGAAUCCUUCCUUGAGAAGUCGCCAUUGGGAACAGAUUUCGGAAAUUGUUGGGUUUCCGAUAAAAGUCGAUGAAUACAUGACGUUGGCCAAGAUUCUCGACUAUGGUCUAGGCGACUAUGUCUCGAAAUUUGAUCCAAUAUCCGAGGCGGCUACUAAAGAGGGUAAUUUGGAGAGGGCUUUAAUCAAAAUGCAUUUGGAUUGGACGGAUAUCGCUUUUACUGUCAUACUUUUUCGAGACACUGGCACAUAUGUUAUUGCCAGUGUAGAAGAGAUACAGAUGUUGCUCGACGAUCAUCUAACGAAAGCCCAAACGAUAAAGAAUUCUAUUUACAUAAAACCAUUUGAGAAAGAAACUCUAGAAUGGGAAGCCAAGUUACUUUUGUUACAAGAUAUUAUGGAUUAUUGGCUCGAAGUUCAAGCAACGUGGAUGUAUCUUGAACCAAUAUUCACAUCGCCCGAUAUACAGCAACAGAUGCCAGAGGAAAGUCGACGAUUUAUCGCCGUAGAUAAAAUUUGGAGAGAACUUAUGACAAUCGUCGCGGUUAAUCCAGCAGUUAUGAUCGUUGUCGAUAUCGAGAAGAUGCUGGAUCGCUUGAAAAGGUGUACUACUUUGCUUGAAUUAGUGCAGAAAGGACUCGUCGCUUAUCUAGAGAAAAAGAGACUCUUCUUUCCGCGAUUUUUCUUUCUGUCUAACGAUGAACUUCUAGAAAUUUUAUCUGAGACAAAGGAUCCCACGCGAGUGCAGCCGCAUUUGAAAAAGUGUUUCGAGGGUAUUGAAAAAUUGACAUUUACCGAAGUCAAGGAGGCCACAGAUAUGAUAUCAUCUGAAGAGGAGGUGAUUAUUCUCGAGGAUAUAAUCGAUACGGCUGCUGCGCGAGGACAAGUGGAAAAAUGGCUCCUUGAACUUGAAACUGAUAUGAAAAAAAGCGUCAAGGCUCAGGUGAUACGAGCUAAAAAUGCCUUUCCGACUAAAGCUAGGAGCCAAUGGGCUCUGCAAUGGCCAGGGCAGACUGUUCUCUGUGUUAGUAAACUAUACUGGACGAUGGAUGUUACUGAUAAGCUUUUGAAGAAAGCCGAAAAUUUAAGAGAUUAUAUAGAAACGUGCACAUUCGAGCUUAAUGAAAUUGUCAAGCUCGUCCGCAGUAAAUUAUCAAAGCAGAAUCGAACGACUUUGGAAGCUCUAGUAACGUUAGAUGUUCACAGUCGGGAUGUGCUGGUGCAAUUAUGCGAGCAAAAUGUAAAUCAAGUCACAGAUUUUAAGUGGGGUUGCCAAAUGAGAUAUUAUUGGAUAGACGACAACUUGUAUACGAUGAUGAUAAAUUCUCAGUUAGCCUAUGCAUAUGAAUACUUGGGCAAUACGUCGCGAUUAGUGAUCACGCCACUCACCGAUCGAUGCUAUCGUACCUUGUUCGGUGCUCUCAGCCAGUAUCUCGGCGGCGCUCCGGAAGGACCUGCUGGGACAGGAAAAACUGAAACUACCAAAGAUCUGGCAAAGGCAGUUGCCAAGCAAUGCGUCGUAUUCAAUUGCUCGGAAGGGCUAGAUUAUAUCGCUCUGGGAAAAUUUUUCAAAGGAUUAGCCAGUACAGGUGCAUGGUCUUGUUUCGAUGAGUUCAAUCGCAUUGAUCUAGAAGUCUUAUCGGUAGUGGCGCAGCUAAUAUUAACUAUUCAACGAGCUAUACAGGCAGGCAAAAAGAUAUUAAUAUUCGAGGACACAGAAUUAACACUGGAUCGUACUUGCGCGAUAUUCACCACAAUGAAUCCGGGAUACGCUGGCAGAACGGAAUUGCCAGACAAUUUGAAAGCUUUAUUCCGACCAGUCGCUAUGAUGGUACCGGAUUACGCUUUAAUAGCAGAAAACAUUCUGUACUCAUAUGGAUUUUACAACGCGAGACCUUUAUCUGUUAAAAUAGUUAUGGCUUAUAAAUUAUGCUCAGAGCAACUGUCUAGCCAGAAUCAUUAUGAUUACGGUAUGCGAGCAGUAAAGUCUGUCCUAAUAGCGGCAGGGCAUUUGAAAUUGAAAUAUCCAGAAGAAAACGAGGACAUUUUACUCUUGCGUAGUAUAAAGGAUGUGAAUUUGCCCAAGUUUCUUCAUGAAGAUAUACCGCUGUUUCACGGUAUCGUCUCGGAUCUUUUUCCAAACGUGCAACUUCCUGAACCGGACUAUCUGCACUUAAAUGCGUCCGCGCGUAAAGCGUGCGCCGCUGCGAACAUCCAGUGCGUUCCUGUGUUUCUAGAGAAAAUUCAGCAAAUAUACGAAAUGAUGUUAGUCAGACAUGGAUUCAUGAUCGUCGGAUAUCCCUUCGCUGGCAAGACUACGGCCUACAGAAUGCUGGCAGAUGCACUCGAAAUUUGCGUAGAAAAUAAUUGGAUAAACGAGCGCAAAGUAGAGAUGACGGUGAUCAAUCCGAAGGCAAUAACUCUUGGACAAUUGUAUGGGCUAUUCGAUCCAGCGUCUCACGAAUGGUACGACGGUAUUCUGGCUAUUAGCUAUCGAGCUUUUGCAACUUCGCCAAACAACAAUCGAAAGUGGUUAAUCUUCGAUGGUCCGAUAGACUCGCUAUGGAUAGAAAGUAUGAAUACUGUUCUUGACGACAAUAAAAAGCUGUGUUUGAUGAGCGGAGAGAUCAUUCAGUUGGCGCCGACGACCAACUUGAUAUUCGAGCCAUUAGAUCUAGAAGCUGCUUCACCGGCCACGGUAUCUCGUUGCGGAAUGAUUUAUAUGGAGCCUGAAUCAUUAGGAUGGGAGCCUUUAUUAAAUUCUUGGUUAGUCAAAUUGCCAGAAGUGAUAGAUGAAUGGCUACGAGUCUUUUUGUACGAAUCGCUAUUCCUCAGAUUUUGUAAACCUCUUCUUCACCUAUUACGCCGAUAUAACGUAAAGGAAAUAUGUCCGAUGCCUGAUUCAAACCUUUUACGAUCUGUUACUUAUAUCAUGGAUUGUUUCUUGAAAGAUUAUUACGAUGAAGAAGUAGUAAAAAAUUUAAGCGAACUCGAUCUUCGGGCACAGCUAGAAGGUUCGUUUUUCUUUUCGUGCAUCUGGGCGAUGGGCGGCACUUUGGAAGCCAAGUCUAAGGAAUCAUUUAGCAUUUUAUUUCGUGGGCUUUUGGAGAAAGAAUUUCCUCAGACGCUAAUGAAAAUAUAUCAGUUAGAAGAACCGGUUCCACCACCUUUAAAACCCUAUAUAUUUAUCAUACCAAAGUAUAAGCUGGUAUUUGAUUACAGAUUUAUUAAAGAGGGCAAAGGAAAAUGGAAAUUAUGGUCGGACGAGCUAUUACUGGCGCCCCCGAUUCCCCGUGAUAUCCCUGUCAAUCAAAUAAUUGUGCCAACCAUAGAAACAAUACGGUACACGGCACUCUUUCAGAUGUUGGUACAAAACGAGAAACCGGUACUCUUUGUAGGUCCAACAGGCACCGGAAAGUCGGUAUACAUAAUCGACUUCCUAUUGAAGAAGAACAAUGCCGAAGUGAAUAAGCCAAUGUUGAUUAAUUUUUCCGCGCAAACCACUGCUAAUCAGACGCAAGAUAUUAUUAUGAGUAAAUUAGAUCGCAGGCGAAAGGGCGUUUAUGGUCCUCCUGUAGGGAAGCGAUGGAUUAUCUUUGUUGAUGACGUUUCAAUGCCAUUGAAAGAGACGUUUGGGGCACAACCGCCCAUAGAAUUAUUACGGCAAUGGUUGGAUCACUGGCAAUGGUAUGAUAGAAAAGAAGAAUUAAUAAAAUUGAUUGAGAUCCAAUUAAUGUGUGCUAUGUCUCCGCCAAUCAUAGGCAAAGAUGUUACGCCGCGAUUCAAACGACACUUUGUCGUUUUGGCAAUAUCUGAAUUCCAGGAUGACGUUAUGAUUGCGAUAUUUAGUAAGAUUGUUCUGUGGCAUCUCGAUACAAGGGGUUUUAGUAAAGAAUUUGAUCCAUGCAUUGAUCAAAUUGUUUUAGCAACGCUAGAUAUAUAUAAACAGAGCUUGAGCAAUCUGUUACCGAUACCUGCGAAAUGUCAUUACAUGUUUAAUCUUCGAGAUUUCUCCAGAGUUAUUCAGGGAGUGCUUUUAUCAGUUCCAGAAACUAUGCCUGCACUAUCAAAUAUGAAACGAUUAUGGGUUCACGAGAUACUUCGUGUAUUUGGAGAUCGUUCCGUUGACGAAACUGAUAUCAAUUGGCUGGUAAAGCAAAUAAGAGUGACACUGCAGAAACAUAUGAAAGUCUCGUUAGAAAGUCUCUUCGAAGAUCUACUUCCACAGAAGAUUCAAUAUAGAACAAUCAUAACCAUAAAUGAAUUACGAAAUUUGAUAUAUUGCGAUUUUAUGGAUGCUAAGGUAGACAUUCGUUUGUACCAAGAAAUUAGCGAUUUAGAACAAUUACGAGAGAUUGUGGAAACAUAUGUUGCUGAGUAUAAUUCAAUGACAAAGAAGCCUAUGGAUCUGGUAAUGUUCCGGUUCGCAAUCGAACAUCUAUCGAGGAUAGCUCGUAUCAUCAAGCAACCACGAAGUCAUGCUCUCCUCAUUGGAGUCGGUGGAUCUGGAAGACAAUCUUUAACCAGAUUGGCGUCACACAUUAGCGACUACGACGUGUUUCAAAUUGAACUUACGCAACAAUAUGGCCAGCAUGAAUGGCACGAGGAUAUUAAAAUUAUUUUGAGGAAAGUCACUGCUACCGAAUUGCAUUCGACUUUUCUCUUCAGCGAUACGCAAAUUAAAGAAGAAACCUUCUUGGAAGAUAUCAGCAAUAUGCUUAAUUUAGGAGAAGUGCCUAAUAUAUUCGUGGCUGAUGAAAAGGCCGAAAUAUGCGAGAAGAUGAGAAUAAUUGAUCGACAACGAGAACGAGCAUUUCAAACAGAUGGUAGCCCUGCGGCGCUUUUUAAUCUAUUCGUACAAAUCUGUCGCGAUCAAUUACAUAUUGUUGUCACUAUGUCUCCCAUCGGUGACGCUUUUAGAAAUCGAAUUAGGAAAUUUCCGGCUUUAGUUAACUGUUGCACCAUAGAUUGGUUUCAGCCAUGGCCUAAAGAUGCAUUGUUCGCUGUCGCGACGAAAUUCUUGGCUCCCGUUGAACUUACUGAACACGAAAGAAGUGUCGGUAUUGAUAUGUGUCAAUUCUUUCAUGUAUCCACUCAACAAUUAAGUGACGAAUUCUUAAUUCGUUUGAAUAGACGCAAUUAUGUGACGCCUACAUCUUAUCUCGAAAUGAUCAAGACAUUUCAGACUUUACUCGAUAAAAAGCGUGGAGAAGUGCUGCACGCUAAGGCUCGGUAUGAAGGUGGAUUAGGACAAUUGGAUAGCACGCAGAAUCAAGUAACAGAGAUGCAGAAUAUGUUGAAGCUGUUGCAACCACAAUUGAUUGCAGCUACGCAGGAUAUCCAGCGAAUAUUGGCUACCGUUGAGAAAGAAAAUCAGGAAGUCGUUGAGUUUGAGAAAGUAGUCAAAGUCGACGAAGCCGCGGCUGAAGUAGUCGCAAAUGAAGCAGAUGUGAUAAGAGCCGAAUGCGAUGCUGAUUUAGCUGAAGCUAUGCCUAUCUUAAAUCGAGCCCAAGCAGCGUUAGACACAUUAACAUUGGCAGAUAUCGCAAUAGUGAAAGCAAUGAAGCAUCCGCCUUAUGGCGUGAAGCUUAUCGUGGAAAGCGUUUGCGUCCUUAAGCAAAUAAAACCAGAGAAAGUACAGACAAAGGAGGGUACGCAAAUUGAUGAUUACUGGAGGGCCGCCUUAAGGAUGCUCAGCGAUGUUAAAUUUUUAGACUCGCUACUUCAGUUCGAUAAGGAUAACAUACCGGAUAAAGUAAUCGAAACAAUACGGAAAGAGUAUCUGCCCAGAUCGGAGUUUGAUCCGGAGAAAGUCAAAAGAGUGUCAACGGCUUGCGAAGGAUUAUGCCGUUGGGUCAUUGCAAUGUCUGAGUACGACAUAAUCGCAAAAAUCGUCGCUCCUAAGAAACGAGCCCUUGCGCAAGCUGAAGCUAUCUAUUAUGAUGCUAUGGAAAAAUUAAAUAUGAAGAGAGAACAAUUGCGCCAAGUACAGCAAAAAUUGUUGGAUCUUCAAGAAAUUCUAAACAAAAGAAAAAUGGAGUUUCAAACGAUGUCGGACCAGGUGGCGGAUUGUGAGCUGAAAUUGAAGCGAGCCGCAGAUCUCAUCGGAGGAUUAGGCGGAGAAUAUGCACGAUGGUCCGAAACUGCUCAGGAUCUAGGCGACAAAUAUUAUCGGCUAACGGGAGACGUGUUAAUUGCUUCCGGUGUAGUGGCUUACUUAGGUCCAUUCACUAUGCCGUUUCGCGUGCAGCAGAUAAACGAGUGGGUGCAAUUGUGCACGAAUAUGCAAGUAAUUUGCAGUUAUAAUUUCUAUCUGCGCGAUAUACUUGGCGAUCCAGUUUUGAUCAGAUCGUGGAACAUCGCCGGAUUGCCCGCCGAUGCAUUUUCUAUCGACAAUGGAAUUAUCGUUACAAAUGCCAGAAGAUGGCCAUUGAUGAUAGAUCCACAAGGCCAAGCUAACAAAUGGAUAAGAAACAUGGAAAGGAAGAAUAAUAUGAGCAUUAUUCGAUUAAGCCAACUUGAUUACGUCAGGGUUUUAGAAAAUGCGCUACAAUUUGGACUGCCAGUGUUGUUAGAAAACAUAGAAGAAGAGUUAGAUGCCAUUCUUGAACCGAUACUUCUUAAACAGAUAUUCAAGCAUGCUGGUGCAUGGUGCAUAAAAUUAGGCGACGCUGUAAUAGAAUAUAACAAUAAUUUUAGGCUUUAUAUUACGACAAAAUUAAGAAAUCCUCAUUAUAUGCCGGAAAUAGCUGUAAAAGUAACUCUGCUGAAUUUUAUGAUAACACCGAGCGGUCUGGAGGAUCAGUUGCUUGGAAUUGUAGUUGCGAAGGAAAGACCCGAUUUGGAAUCAGAAAAAAAUUUUUUAAUCAUGCAGAGUGCUGAAAACAAAAAAAUGUUGAAAGAGACAGAAGACAAAAUCCUGGAGGUACUUUCCGUGGCAAAAGGUAACAUUUUAGAAGACGAGGAAGCUAUUGACAUUUUAAUGAUGUCUAAACAUUUGUGUGACGAUAUUCAGAUAAAGCAAGCGGCCACGGAAGCUACGGAAAAGUCGAUCGAUGCCGCGAGAAUGCAGUACAAACCCAUUGCGACUUAUUCGACUAUACUUUUCUUCACAAUAGCAUCUCUAGCUAACAUAGAUCCAAUGUAUCAAUAUUCAUUGUUAUGGUUUGUGAAUCUUUUCAACAUGGCUAUCGAUCAUACGGAGCCGACCGAUAAUAUUAAACAACGUCUGAAAGACUUGACCAAAUACUUUACAUAUUCCCUUUACGUCAAUAUCUGCAGAUCUUUAUUUGCUAAGGAUAAAUUAUUAUUCACGUUACUUCUCGUUUUCAAUCUGCUUGAGACGAGCGUUACAUCGGAAAGCAUGAGCCAAUGGCUUUUUUUAUUAACUGGUGGAAUGGGUUUGGAAAACCCGUAUCCUAAUCCUGCCGAGUGGCUGCUCGUAAAAUAUUGGGAUGAAAUGUGCAGAUUGGAUACUAUUAAAGGAUUCGAAGGCAUCAAAGACGCAUUCUCCAAUGCAGUUGACAACUGGAAGAAAGUAUUCGACUCGAAAGAACCGCAGAAAGAAACUUUCCCAGCGCCAUAUGACAAAUUAAAUUUAUUCGAACGAUUAUUAAUUUUGCGUUGUAUCCGUCCCGAUAAAAUUAUCCCAGCGGUGCAAUUGCUCGUGGAAGAACAAAUGGGCCCGCAAUACGUAGAAGCACCACCUUUCGACUUAGUAUCUUGUUUUGCGGAUUCCAACUGUAGUAUUCCAUUGAUAUUCGUCCUAACUCCCGGUGCCGAUCCGACGCAAACCUUGUUGACAUUUGCCGACGAGCAAGGCUAUGGUGUCGACCGUCUUUUCUCUUUGUCUCUUGGCCAAGGUCAAGGACCUAUAGCGGAGAAAUUAAUAAGAAACGGUGUGUGGUUUGGUAAUUGGGUAGUAUUGCAAAAUUGUCACCUGGCCAAGAGCUGGAUGCCGACUUUAGAAAAGAUAUGCGAGGGUCUGACACCCGAUGCGAUUCAUCCUGACUUCCGGCUAUGGUUAACCAGUUAUCCAGCAGAGCAUUUUCCCAUAACGGUCCUUCAGAACGGUAUCAAGAUUACGAAUGAACCACCCAAAGGACUCAGGGCCAAUAUUUUGAGAUCCUACUCGAGUGAUCCAAUCAGUAAUAUAGAAUUCUUCGAAGGCUGCAUUCAAAGCGAGUACUUCAAAAAGCUACUGUACUCAUUGAGCUUCUUCCAUGCUAUCGUACAAGAGAGACGGAAAUUUGGCCCGAUUGGCUGGAACAUUCCAUACGAAUAUAAUGAGACAGAUCUGAGGAUCAGCGCUUUGCAAUUGAAGAUGUUUCUGGAUGAGUAUGAGGACGUGCAGUUUGAUGCUUUGCUGUACCUCACGGGUGAAUGUAACUAUGGAGGUAGAGUUACAGACGAGUGGGACCGUAGAACACUGAAUACUAUUCUAUCAAAAUUCUAUUGUCCGAAACUAUUGACUGAUGAAAUAUACUACUUUGACGCAUCGUCUACUAGUUAUUAUUGUCCGAUCGCUAAAGAAUACGAAGCAUAUAUCGCAUAUAUUAGAACACUUCCGAUAAUUACAGAACCAAGUGUAUUUGGCAUGCAUGAAAAUGCCGACAUACUUAAAGAUCAACGAGAGACAGAUCUGUUAUUCUCUUCAUUAUUGCUCACUCAGGAAGCUGUUAAAUCCGGUUUGAGACAAACUUCUGACGAUGAUAUAGUUUAUGAUGUUGCGACAGAUAUCUUGGAUAAGCUUCCAGAGGGUUACGAUCUCAUUGCAGCACUUGCUAAAUAUCCUACAUUAUACAGUCAAAGCAUGAACACUGUGCUAGUGCAAGAGAUGGACAGAUUUAACAAAUUAUUAAGCUGUAUCAGGAGUAGUCUUAUUAAUGUACGAAAAGCUAUUAAAGGUUUGAUCAUAAUGUCUUUUGAGCUUGAAGAUAUUUACGGAGCAAUCUUGACAAGCAAGUUACCUCUUUUGUGGAAAACAAAUUCUUACCCCUCCUUAAAACCUUUGGGCAGUUAUAUCAAUGAUUUUCUACAACGUUUAAUAUUUUUACAACAAUGGUAUGAGGAGGGACCACCCGUUACAUUCUGGUUGUCUGGGUUUUAUUUUACGCAAGCGUUUCUAACUGGGACACUGCAAAAUUACGCGCGAAAGUAUCAGAUCCCUAUAGAUCUUCUUACAUUUGACUUCGUAAUCCUGAAAGAAACUGUCUUUACGAUUACCCCCGAGGAUGGCGUUUACAUUUAUGGGUUAUUUUUGGACAGUGCAAGAUUUGAUAUAAAGAAAAUGUGUAUAGAGGAGAGCUUUCCCAAAGUACUUUACGAUAACGUACCUUUUCUGUGGCUGAUACCAAUGAAGAAGCAAGAUAUCAAAGAAAGACAAUCGUAUGUUUGUCCGCUAUAUAAAACCACUGAACGCCGUGGGGUAUUAUCCACUACUGGUCACUCUACGAACUUCGUUAUAGCUAUACUGUUGCCCACGGAGAAGCCAUCUGAACACUGGAUUAUAAGAGGAGUAGCUAUGCUUUGUCAACUCAGUGAAUAAAAUAAGCUAAUGUAAUG